UCUAGCUAACAGUGCAAUUAUGAUUGUAUGUUCGUGUUGUUAGGGAAGUUCAUAGUAAUCAGUGGAGAGAAGUAUUGUUUUACUGCAGUACCUAUAUAUAAAUGUGUGCGUGGUGUCUCUCUUUCCUUCUCCAGUGAGAUGUAUAUAUUCUAGCUAGAUCUACACCAACUGUUUUGGUGUGUUUAAAUUGUGAAACGAUAGCUGGGUAACAAUAACUGGCUGCAAAAGUGUUGCUAUUAUACCACUGCAGCUGACGAAGUGUAGAUUGUAGUGACAGUGCAUACUUAUGCAUUCAAACUUGUUCAUCACAAACACCUUAUAACAAACAUUGAAAGUUGUUUUUAAAGGUUGUGACUGUUGUGUUGCCACUACUAGAAGACCUCAAAAUAAUUUUUUUAAAGCAGAUUGUACUGAACAAAAUCAGAAUAGUAAUGGAUUUGUGUAAAAAGUGUUGUUCUUUUUGUUUCAAGCAGCCGAAAGAGGUUUGUGCUGUAAGAUAUGCUGAGCUCAGUCACGAUGAUCCAGGUCACCCAGAAAAAUCGUUCAACUUUACUCAAGUUACUGAAAGUCGACCGUCUUAUCCACCCAUGUUCGAAACAGCAAAAUCAACAAAAAGAAUAAAUAGUCCUCAUUGUAAAAAAUUCAGUCGGGUAUUCAUUGACCAGCCGCAACCAUCUGUACCAAUGAAAAGGUUAUACAGGCCGCCUGAAAAUAAAGCUUUGCAAAAUGUGAUGGCUAAACAAGAAAUUCCACCAACAAGGAAAACACACAUGAGAUCUCUUUCUGAUGUAGUGAGCAAACAGUCUCAAGAAAUAGGUAGUCCUCUUGACAAUCCUACACUGAAAUUUUCCCUGGAUUAUGAUGUGGUUCGCUCAGUUUUAACUGUUCAUUUAUUGUCAGCCUGCAAUCUUCCUGCAAUGGAUCGUUGUGGUACUAGUGAUCCCUAUGUGGAAAUUAUCCUGUAUCCAAAUCAGGACAGAGUUAGAUCAAAAAUAGUUGAGAAAUGUUUGAAUCCGAUUUUUGACGAGAAAUUCGAAUUCAAAAAUGUGUAUCCAUGUGAUACAGGCGACAUGAUACUGCAAUUGUAUGUCUACGAUCAUGACACAAUAACAAAGGACGACAAGAUUGGCGGAGUGACCAUUUCUCUUGAAGAUGCGGACCUCACAGGAAGUACGAUGCAUUUUGAUAAUAAAGUCCAUAAAAAUGAAAAGAAGGCAUGUGCAAACAGCAGCGGAACCAUUCUUCUGUCCCUCGCUUAUGAUGAUUACGUCAACAGUUUGAAGGGUACGGUGAUGAAAUUGAGGAACUUAACAAAAAAAGACAUAAUAGGCACAUCAGAUCCAUAUGUAAAAGUCAAGCUUUUCCACCAAAAGAAGGAAUUGAGGAAGUGGAAAUCAAGUAAAAAGACGAAUGACCUCAACCCUGAUUUCCAUGAACCCUUCCAGUUUGACCUGCAAGAUCUGUCUAUUAAUGACUGUAAAUUGUGCUUUACAGUUUAUGACUACGAUCACAUGAAGCCAGAUGAUGUAAUUGGCAGAGUAUGCAUUGGGCCUAAUGAAGCCCAAAAAGAUGCGAGAAAACACUGGGAAGAAAUGUUAGUCACUCCACAAGAAGUUUGUCGCUAUCAUUUCCUCUGGCGGCCCUGACUGUUAAUUGGAGUGGACAUUAGUAAUUAGUCUGUCUUGUGUAGAUUUAUAGUUAUAGUUUAUCUUAGACCCACAUUGAAUGGACCUACCUAGCUCCAAUGUAUUAUAACUUUGUCAUUGCUCAUAAUUUCAUACACCUAUCUUAACCCUCUGUACAACCUUUCAGUGUCAGUUGAAAUAUUAAAAAAUUGGUAAUAAUUAUGGUGAACGUA